UAUCAGCUGUCCAUGCAAAACUAGUUUGUAGACAAGUCAUGGAAAUGGAUCAUCAGUAAUUUUGUUUGUCACACUUUGAUCUCUUUGGGGUACGGAAAUAGUAAUAAUAUUAUCAAUGUGGCGGGGGAGUAGUGAAGACAGAAUGUGAAAAUGCUCGCAUCAGCUCUCCGCCUUGUCGUCCGAGAUUUGCCAUCAUUUGGUAGAUCCUGGACUGAAGUGAGUUCUCGCGCAAAGCACUCUCUCCCCACACGUGGAUGUGAUGCAGUUGCUGUUUUCGCAUCUCAUCACAAUGCAUCUGAAGCCAGUCAGAGGAGUGGAACUGGUGAAGCCAGCAGUGCUACACUAUGUCAGCCACCAAUGCUGCUGACAAAUUCGCCCAUUCCAUCAUUCCUUGUGGACACUGUACAUCAUGGUGGAGUGCUGGAUAAUGUGGGUACAGUGAGAGAGCCGCAGCCAGUGCUUGACCAGGAUGGGUGUGUUGGACAUGUCAUACUUGACAACUGUCUCAUCAAUACCACCCAACCUAUUCUUGAUGAGGAGCCAUUGGAGGACAGUGAAAUGUUGCUGAUCAACAUCAAGAAGCGGCGCGCACUGAAAAUGAGAAAACACAAACUGCGCAAGCGUCGGAAGAAGUUCAUGAUUCGUAACCGGUUCAAGAGAAGACGAGAGAAGAUCAAGUACAAGAAGAAUUAGAUAUUGCACUUUUCUGGCGGCCCACAAGCGCCAUGUUGCGAAGGUGCGGUGUUGUACUGGGCUUUUAUAUCUGCAGUGUGGUGUGGGCGUGUAACUGUAUAUACAUGUAGAUAUUAUGAUUAUAGUGCACUUUAUGACUGUGCUGUAAAGUCCACUGCAAACGCCCACUUCGCAGCAAACACCCACCCCAGUGGGUCCAUACUAUAUUUGUCUUUUUCAGGUCAAUAAAGUUGUACAAAACCGUCA